UCGGCGCAUGUAUUUGCUGCCUUUUUUCCUCUCCAGUCCUCGAUUCCGCCGCGUCUCGCAUCGGACGCUGGAUGCCAUCCGUCCCGGCGUCAAGAACACACCUCUGACGGACAAAGCAUGGACAGCCUAGGCAGCCGCUGUAAGAUUGUGGUGGUUGGGGACACGCAAUGUGGGAAAACGGCACUGCUGCACGUUUUCGCCAAGGACUGCUAUCCAGAGAACUACGUGCCCACGGUGUUUGAAAACUACACGGCCAGUUUUGAGAUAGACAAGCAACGGAUUGAGCUGAAUAUGUGGGACACGUCAGGUUCCUCUUACUACGACAAUGUGAGGCCGCUGGCGUAUCCUGAUUCAGAUGCCGUUCUCAUCUGUUUUGACAUCAGCCGCCCAGAGACUUUGGACAGUGUCAUUAAGAAGUGGCAAGGGGAGACGCAAGAGUUUUGUCCCAACGCCAAAGUGGUGCUGGUGGGCUGUAAACUGGACAUGAGGACAGACGUCAACACCCUGAGGGAGCUCUCCAAGCAGCGGCUCAUCCCUGUCACCCAUGAACAGGGAAGCACGAUAGCUCGACAGAUAGGGGCGGUGGCCUACGUGGAGUGCACAUCCAAGGUUUCCGAGAACAGCGUUCGAGAUGUGUUCCACAUCACCACGCUGGCGUCGGUACGGCGGCCGCACAAGCCGCAGCUAAAACGCAGUAGUUCCCGCAGGGGCCUGAAGCGAGUUUCACAGCUCCCCCUGCCGCCGCUGCCAGGUCGGACUGAGCAAAUGGACCCGGCCCCGGCCAUGAGGAAGGACCGAGCCAAGAGCUGUGUGCUCAUAUGAGUGAGGAAAAAAGAAACACUGCGCUGUGAAAACGAAUGCUUUGGAUCUUUUCUUUUUUUCUUUUUGUUGCCUGUGUGCAUAUUUUAUAAGCUGUUUACAUGUUUGUGUAACUUGGAAAUGAUGGCAAAUUGGACUAACUCUCUGGACAUGAGGAAAGCUGUGAUAGCGGAGGUGCCAUCUAGUCCUGGGCAUUAAAGAGGAAUUCAUUUCCCGCAACGGCUCCACUAAGAGGAUGGUACGGUGACGAAGCGAGCGAGGAGAUUGGUGUGUGUGUGUGUGUGUGUGUGUGUGUGUGUGUGUGUGUGUGUGUGUGUGAGUGAGGGGAACCAAUGUCGAAGCAGGACGUCUGUGGAUGAAGCUUGUUGUUUUCAAAGACAGCGCUGCUGAGCAGACAUAGGGUCUAAUUGUUUAGCUGCACAGUCUGAGGUUGCUUCCUGUUGCCAUAUUUGAGAGGAAAACUUGUAUGUACAGUAAUGCUGAAAGGGGAUUAGAGGUGAAUGAUGGCUCAAACCAAACAUUAGGAGCUGGAAAUGAGAUUUUGCGACACUGACUGCAAUGUUGUGAAGGUGUGUGUGAGCAUUACUACCACAAGUGCAUUUUAAGAAAAAAAAAAAAAGUUACAACACAUCACAUAUCUGAUUUUUAUUUUUCUCAUUUUAACACUAUUUUUCUCAUCAACUCCAAUUGUGUCAGUUUCACUGAAGCUAAUUCUGUUGUCACUAUUUUAAAGAUGUUUCUAUGUGGAAAAUAAAGUGAUAAAAUGUUAGGGCUAUUUUGUUGUACUUUCACUAAACUCUAAAAUAAAGCAGCAGCUUGACUGUACAGGGACAAAACGA